CCAGAGUUGGGUGCAGGCUGGCUUUGCAGGCCUGGAGUGGCUGACAUUACCUCCCCGAUGGCCUCCAGGCUAACCCCGCUGACCCUCCUUCUGCUGUGGCUGCUUCUGGCUGGGGACAGAGCCUCCUCAAAUCCAAAUGCUACCAGCCACAACUCCAAGGAUCCAGAGAGCACUCAGGGAGAAAGCGAUGGCAUCAUCUUGGGCAGAGAUGUCCCCCAGAGUCUACCCACUCAACAUGUCAUGCAGUCUUCUACCUGGCCAACAACCAACUCAAUAACGGCAUCUACAACUGACUCGGCCACUGAAACCACAACGGAGAACACCAUGGAACUCACCAACCAGUCCUUUACCCAACAUACCCAGCUUCCCACGGACUCCCCUGGCCAGCCCACCACUGCUGAGCCCACCUGCCCAGAGCCUAUGGCUCUCUGUUCUGAUUGGGAAAUGGAUUCCGCCAAGGCCACACUGGGGGAGGCUUUAACUGAGUUCUCCCUGAAGCUCUACCAUGCCUUCUCAGACACCAAGAAUGCUGAGACCAACAUGGCCUUUUCCCCAUUCAGCAUCGCCAGUCUCCUCACACAAGUCCUACUUGGGGCUGGGGACAGCACCAAGAGCAACCUGGAGCACGUCCUCUCCUACCCUGAGGACUUUGCCUGUGUGCACCAGGCCCUGAAGGCUUUCACAUCCAAAGGUGUCAACUCGGUCUCUCAGAUCUUCCACAGCCCGGACCUGGCCAUAAGGGACACCUUUGUGAAUAUCUCUCAGAGCCUCUACGGCAGCAGCCCCAGAGCCCUGGGCAACGACAGUGAUGCCAACUUGGAGCUCAUCAACACAUGGGUGGCUGAGAAUACCAACCACAAGAUCAGCCAGCUGCUGGAGAGCCUGCCCCCUGACACCCGCCUGGUCCUUCUCAACGCUGUCUACCUGAGUGCAAAGUGGAAGAAAGCAUUUGAUAAAAAGAAAAAGAUGGAGUCCUUCCACGUCAAAAACUCUGUGAUACAAGUGCCAAUGAUGAGCAGCAAGAAAUACCCACUGGCUCAUUUCACUGACUCAACUUUGCAGGCCAAGGUGGGUCAGCUGCAGCUCUCUCACAACCUGAGCUUUGUCAUCAUGGUGCCCCAGAACCUGAGACAUCAUCUGGAAGACAUGGAGAAGGCUCUUAGCCCCACUGUGUUCAAGGCCAUCAUGAAGAAGCUGGAGCUGUCCAAGUUCCAACCCACAUACCUGAUGAUGCCCCGUAUCAAAGUGAAGAGCAGUCAAGACAUGCUGUCGAUCAUGGAGAAACUGGAAUUCUUUGACUUUACCUACAACCUCAACCUGUGCGGGCUGACGGAGGACCCGGACCUUCAGGUGUCUGCGAUGACGCAUCAGACAGUGGUGGAGUUGACGGAGACAGGUGUGGAGGCGGCGGCGGCCACCGCCGUCUCCAUGGCCCGCAGCCUGAUGGUUUUUGAGGUGCAGCAACCAUUCCUCUUCCUGCUCUGGGACCAGGAGCACAAGUUCCCUGUCUUCAUGGGACGAGUGUACGACCCUAGGGUCUGAGACCUGCGGGGGCUAUAGUCAAGCUGGUUGACAGCCCUGCUAUGGCCUGCCCUGUCCCCAGCUGCUUCCCUCUUGAGGCGCUCGUUUAGGGUCUGACAAAGGGGUCUGUUUUACUCAGUAGUCCUCAUGGCCCUAUGAGGCUUUCCACACCACUUCUUGCAGCUUCAGUUGGUUCAAGUUCACCACACCCUACAAAUAAAGACCUGCAGACAAUGA